CUCUUUCUCUCUCUCUCUCUCUCCCUUAGCAGAAUUCACUCUUCAUAGACGGUAGUUUGAAGACCCCUGUGCGAGUAGCAGACAAUUACACAGAAGCUUCGAAUCCCAUAACCAAAUCGGCAGGUAUAGAACGGAAUACAAUGGCAUCCCCUACGAUCAAGCUGAACAGCGGCUACGAGAUGCCCCUCGUGGGCUUCGGUCUGUGGAAAGUCACCAACGAGACGUGCGCAGACCAGGUCUACAAUGCGAUCAAGACGGGCUACCGUCUCUUUGACGGUGCUUGCGACUACGGCAACGAGAAAGAAGCCGGCCAGGGCGUCGCACGCGCGAUCAAAGAAGGAAUCGUGAAGCGCUCGGAGCUCUUCAUCGUCAGCAAGCUCUGGAACAGCUUCCACGACGCAGAGCACGUCGAGCCGAUCACGCGCAAGCAGCUCGCCGACUGGGGUCUCGAGUACUUUGACCUGUUCAUCAUGCACUUCCCCAUCAGCCUGAAAUACGUCGACCCUAAGGUGCGCUACCCGCCGGGCUUCACGUACGACGGCAAGACCGUGGUGCCGGGCAAGGCGAGCAUCCAGGAGACGUGGCAAGCCUUGGAAAAGGUCGUGGACGCGGGCCUCGCGCGCAGCAUCGGGAUCAGCAACUUCCGCGCCGUGCUCAUCAUCGACCUGCUCCGCUACGCGCGGAUCCGGCCGGCGACUCUGCAGAUCGAGCACCACCCGUACCUGACGCAGCCGCAGCUGAUCAAGUAUGCGCAGGGCGAGGGGAUCGCGGUGACGGCGUACUCGUCGUUUGGCCCGCCGUCGUUUGUGGACGCGGGCAUGGACAGCGCCAAGGGUGUGCCGUCGCUGUUUGAGCACGAUGCGGUGGUCGAGGUCGCGCACAGGCACAACAAGAACCCGUCCCAGGUCCUGCUCCGCUGGGCCACGCAGCGCGGGGUUGCGGUCAUCCCGAAGAGUAAUAACCAGAACCGCCUCGCGCAGAACUUGCACGUCAAUGAUUUCGAUUUGUCCCAGGAGGACCUGGACAAGAUUAGUAGCUUGAAUAAGGAUUUGCGAUUCAAUGACCCGCCUUCGUACGGCGUCAAUAUCCCCAUCUUUGCGUAAAUGGCGAUCUAGUACCUGUAUGUCAAAAUGGGCAAUGUGGAGGGCUUGGUCGGCUGCUCUUGAU